AUGAGUCAACAAUCGUUCAUCCGCAACUCUCUACCCCUACCCCGACACACCUACGAAGGGGAAGAGUACUUUUGUCGCUUCGCACCGCGCAUCCACCGAGACGCACGUCUUUCAGAUGCUGGUUCCUGGCAGUGUCAGGUCGACUUCCUCAAAUCGAGCAAAGAUGCGCGAGCGGGCGCCGACCGCAACAAAGAUGUCCAUAGCUAUGCUGUAGGCUGCAUUAAUCCCGCCGUAGGCAACUUCACUGCUCUUUGUGCAUGUGAAGCUUUGAGCGACAGGCUUGCCCUUACAACGUACAUGGUUGAGUACGCUUACAUACACGACGAUGUUAUCGAGUAUUCCGAGAAGAAGGAUGAGUCUCAUCUUCAAAAAGCCAACGAACAACUCAUGGAGGGCCUGACCUUGGGAGGCAACACAAGCCGUGGUCCCAAGUCAAAGGAUCAUGUCCAGCGACGCCAACUACAGGCCAAGAUGGUCAUGGAACUAAUGGAAGUCGACAAAGAACAAGCAAAGGAAACACUACGUCUUUGGAAGGAGAUGUCGGACGUUUUCGUCCAGAUCAGAGACAUGAAGUUCACUGUCCUCGAUGACUAUCUCAAGUUCCGUGUUAUUGACGCUGGAUGCCCCUGGACCAUGAGUCUCCUCUGCUUUUCCAUGGACUUCAAACUCACACCCGAGGAAGAGAAGAAGACAGCGGACAUCACCUCAGCGGCAUAUGACAGUUGGGUUCUUGUCAAUGACUACUUCUCUUGGGAGAAAGAGUGGAGCAACUACCAAUCCAAUGGAGCCACCGGUGCGAUAGCGAACUCGAUCUUCCUGUUCAUGAAAUGGCACUCAAUCGAGAAAGAAGAGGGCAAAAGAAUGCUCCGCAAGGAGAUCAUAUCACGCGAAGAUAAAUAUUGCAGCCUGAAGGACGAGUUCCUUGCCAAGGGUGCUGCUACGGAGAAAACACGACAGUGGUUGGAAUUACUGGACCUCGUGACGGCGGGCAACUUUGCUUGGAGCAUGACGACAGCAAGAUAUCGAGCUGGUGCCCCGGACGUGUAUCCGGCCCUUUGGAAACAUUGUGCUGACAAGGAAAGUGAUACCGAGAGCCUUGGUAGGCCCAUCUCAGUCAACGCCAAAGAAAUGGCUGAUAACAUAGAUGUUGUCCUUCACGAUCGUAAAUAUCUCGAUCCUACCACACAGGAGGUCAUGCCAGAGAGUCAUCAGUGGAAGACAAGUGAUGAUCGACCUCAUGUCUCCAACGACAACGACAACGACGUCCAGAAAUCUCAGCUUGGCCAGACGUGGUCAAUUCGCCAGUACGAGGAUAUGAUCCUCCAGCCCCAGAAGUAUUUGGAAAUGAUGCCUUCUAAGGGAUUUAGGAACGCAGUUAUAGACGGAUUAGAAGUCUGGUAUCAAGUUCCCGAGAAGCCGCUUGCAACCAUUCGCGACAUUAUCAAUCAUUUGCACAGCGCCUCCCUUAUGUUCGACGAUAUCGAGGACAACUCUCCCCUCAGACGAGGAUACCCAGCUACUCACGUUGUCUUCGGAGUCAAUCAGACCAUCAACUCAGCUAGCCUACUGAUGCUCAAGGCCUUGAAGGCUGCAGAAUCUCUGUCGUCCAGGGCUUCUCGCAUGCUUUUGGAUCUGCUCAUCGAAGGGCACAUUGGCCAAGGCAUGGAUUUGUACUGGACCUACCAUACAUCCGUGCCAACGGAGGAAGAGUACUUUACUAUGGUGGAUGGUAAAACUGGCAGUCUAUUUACUCUGCUGGCUGCGCUGAUGCGCUCCGAGGCAACUACACAUCGGGAUCUCGAUGUCAGUCUGCUGAUGAAGCUUGUCGGUCGUUUCUUUCAAGCACGCGAUGAUUACCAGAACCUUCUCUGCGACGAGUACAAGGAAAAGAAGGGUUUCGCUCAAGACAUCGGCGAGGGAAAGAUAUCGCUUCCGCUCAUCCACGCCCUCGCCACCAAGUCGCCUCAGCAGGGCCGCCUUCUAAGUAUACUACAGCAGCGCAAGUGCGGCAAUGGACUGUGUCCCGAAGUUCGCAAGCUCGCAUUGGAGGACAUGAUCGCUGCCGGGGGGUUGGAGUAUGCUAAGAAAAUAGCUGUAGGGUUGCAGGAUUCGGUCACCGAAACGCUCUCUAUGUAUGAGAGUAAGGUUGGGGAGAAGAAUUGGCUCUUGAGAUUGGCUCAGAAAAAGCUAGAGAUUGAAGGCUAG